UCGUAACUAUGGCUGCCUGACCAUGAAAUAAAAUUAAUUAUUUUACAUAUUAAAUUCUAUUCUGUCUCCCGGGACUCUUAUUAUUUCCACACAAUGUGGCGUUUGUUGAGUGCUAGGAAUAAAUGUCCUUUAUAAUGACCCAAACGAGAAGAAUUAUGGCAACUGCAGCAUCUGCCAGUGUAAACUUGAGAGGUCAGAUUAGAUCAGGUGGAAAUAGUGACAAGUCGCCAUCAUUGAGUCCCAGUCCGCCACGGCUAAGGAGAUAUGGAACUAACAACAAAAGUGGGAAUCAGUCAGACUCAGACUCUGGUAUCACAACUGGAGUACGUGACUUGAGCUUACGACAGGUACCAAAGUCCCCUACAAAUGGCGCUAAGCUGUUUGAAAACAGGCGAACUUUUGGUACCAAUGGAGUUCACAUCAUACUGAGGAAUUUAAAUGAUGUGGCCAAUAUGUUAAAAGAAGAACAAGCCAAAAAUGUUGUUAUUGUUGCAGGAGCUGGAAUAUCAACACCUAGUGGCAUUCCAGAUUUCAGAACUCCAGGCACAGGUUUAUAUGACAACCUUCAACAGUACAAUAUUCCUUAUCCAGAAGCCAUUUUCGACAUAGAUUUCUUUCACCAUAAUCCACGCCCAUUCUUCGCAUUGGCUAAAGAAUUGUAUCCGUCCGGAAAGUACAGACCCAAUUAUAUACAUUACUUUGCCCGGUUGCUAAAUGAUCGAGGAAUGCUUUUAAGAAUGUAUACACAGAAUAUCGAUGGCUUGGAAAGAUUGGCUGGUGUUCCACCUGAUAAACUGGUGGAAGCACAUGGGACAUUUUCUACUGCUUCUUGUGUUGCGUGUCAUGAAAAAUAUAGAGGUUCAGAAAUAAAGGACAGUAUAUUUGAAGAUAAAUUACCCAAGUGUAAGAAAAGGGGAUGUUUUGGUAUAAUAAAACCAGAUAUAGUUUUCUUUGGGGAGGAGCUCCCCAAGAGGUUCUACUUCUAUUUGAAAGACAUGUUACAGGCUGAUAUGGUGUUAAUUUUGGGAACUUCACUAGAAGUUCAACCAUUUGCUGGCAUUAUUGAUACUGUUAGGUGGACAGUCCCCCGUGUUCUUUUCAACAGAACAGCUGUAGGUCCAUUCAAACAAGGCAAAAGGGCCAAAGAUUUUGUUGCUGAAGGUGAUCUCCUUGAAAGCCUUCAGACAUUUGUACAUACAGCUGGUAUGAAAGAAGACAUGAUAGAUUUGAUAACCCAGUCUGAAGGAACAUUUAGAUUGGCAGCUCCACCACCUCCAGAUUUGCAGCAACCAAAGGCCGCUAAAGCCGCAGCCAGUUCCAACCAGUCAAAUUCUGCUCUUGCUGCCAUGUGGAGACAGAAUGCCAGUGCUGAUCUGUAUUCUGACUCUGAUUCUAGUGUGUCUUCAGAUGGGGCUGACUCUGAUUCUGACUCCUCUUCCAGCUCGGAGAAACAAGCAAGUAAUACUUUAAAAGUUCCAGUCAGUAAUGGUAAAAUAACUGGAAAACCAGGGGACAAACCACCAGUUGGUGCUGUAGGUGGAGUAGGUGUUCAAAAUGGAGCUGGCAACCCCCGUCCUCCGAAUGGGAAACCACCAUCUGGCAGUAACAGAAAUAACUGCAAUGGGUUCAGCCAAACAAGGAGCUUUUCUUCUCUUUUAUCUAGAAGAAAAGAAAAUGGAAAACUGACACCUAUUUUAUCUCGGAGACAGGAGAAUUCCCCUUCUUACUCUGAACCUGAGAGCAGUAGUAAAAAGGUAGAAAAUGCUUCUACCUCAAAACUCUUGAGAAAGAAACCACAGAUUGAAGCAACGUUACCCAUUCAGAGGAAACCCCAGCAAUCUCCUGGUUCCCAUCCAGUAAAACCUAGAUCAAACUCUGUAAAUCAAGCCACUCCAGAAAAAGUACACUCCAGCAAAACAGGCGGUUUUCGAGCUGUAAUUGAUCGUGUACGCUCCGCCAAGCCUCCACGUAUGGUUUAUCAGCAUAGGACUCCUCCCAAACCUUCCUAUGAUGCUAGGAUUCUGUCAUACAAUGCUUGUAUUUCAAGUAGCUCAGAUGAUGAUGAUGAAGAUGAUAGAGAUGACCUUGAUGAUGACUCAUCUUCAGAUGACUCUCGUUAAAUUUUUUAGUGCAUUUUAUUGUCGAGCGCCAAAAAAGUUUUGUUCAGAAGUUUAAUAUUGAUGUCUCACAUUUUUUUGUUAUGCAACUACUAGAAUCUACAAGUUAAUAGUUAAAUUAAAUACAUUUUAAUUAUUCUUGUUACUUGAAAUGGUUUAGCAAGAAUCUAAUUUUGUAGAUUUUAAACUUUUAAGUUGCUAUUGUAUGAAUUAAAUUCAUAAAUUCGGAAUGAAAGCUGUCAGGCAAUUUAUUAUUACUUUUUUAUUUAUUUUAAAUGUAUAUUUUUUUAAAGUGACGAAUAAAAAAAUUAAAUGUGAAUUAAUAAGGCUUACAAAUUACUAAUAGUAAACCUACAAUAAUAGAAUCAUUGUUAUAAUCUGUUUUCUUUUAGUCAUGAUCUUCCUGAAAUUGUGAUGGCUUCUCUGCUUCAACUUCACCAUGUGCAAUUCUUUUUUACUUAAUAAUUAGCUCCCUUUAUUUUACUUUUCAUGUUUACAAUUACAAAUCUAUUUCUAAAAAGUUGUGAUUUGAGAUUUAGUUGAUUUUUAGCUUGGAAAAGACUCUCAGAUUUUAUUGAUCUCUUUGUUUUAAAAUGUUGCAUAAUUUUUAAAAAAGCUUUUAUUUUGUUAUCCCUACAACCCAAUUAAAAGUUUUAUGUGAAUUCCUUUAUAUUUUUAUGACAUCUUGUAAA